GGUUAAAAAUGAAGCUGAGUAUUGGUAUAUUUUUUGGUGGUCUUUUUGGUGCACUAGGAAUUUUGAUCUUUUUGGUGGCAUUUGGAACAGAUUAUUGGCUUCUUGCCAUGGAAGUUGAGAACUGCUCUGAGAAUAAAGAAGGGAUCGAUGAAAAUCACCCAGUCUUCUUGCACCAUGAGGGUUUCUUUUGGAGAUGUUGGUUUAGCGGCGUUAUUAAAAAUGACACAAACAGCAUGAAGACUUUUUGGUUCACCAACCAAGCGCCAACCAAGAACUGCACCCAUGCUUACCUGUCGCCAUUUCCAAUGAACAGAGAUGAUACCAAUAACAACACAUCAGCAGCUUAUCAUUCUGCAGUCGUGUACCGUGGGUUCUGGACAGUAUUCAUGCUUCUUGGUGUGGUCACUGUUGUAGCAGGAGGUUUCUUUAUUAUUUGUGCAGCUCCAUUUACAAAUCACAGACUCUAUAAAGCAGGAGGAGGCCUUUUUAUCACGUCGGGUAUAUUGUUCACUCUAGUUGUUGUCAUGCAUGUGAUUUGGGUCCAGAGUGUGUCAGAUUUGAAAAGUUACCAGGAUACAAGACAACAAGACUGCUCCCAGUUUACUGUCGUUACCCGUUACGGAUGGUCCUUCAUGUUGGCUCCAGUCGGAAUUUUUUUCUCUAUUUUUGCAGGAAUGCUCUUCUUGUUAGUUGGGCAUACCAUAUUGGUGCAUGCCAAAUAAUGCUUGAAAUUGAAAUCUACAAGACCUCACUUCCACUGGACACUAAAGGACACAGUCCUCAUUCGACAUAAACAAAAGGUUGCCACUACCCAAUCAUUUAUCUAUGUGUAUGUAACCUAAACUAUAAAUACAAUCAUAUACUUUUUUAAUUCUCUAAUUUUAUUGGAAUUAGACCAAAGCAUAUAAUAUAUAUAAUAUAAUUCAAUAUACAUGUUAAUGCUCUCUUAAAAAUGCAGGAUAGAAACCGUGUCUUUUCAUAUGGUCAUUUGCUACUAGCCUGUCUGUUAGCCUGGUUCUUGCCAUGGAAUUCACAUAAACCUACACAUAGUGCUUAAAAUAGAAUACAGUUGUUCAGCUGGUCCCUGUGUCAGCAAGAAUGAAUCACAAGUGUAAUGGUUCUGAGGCAGGAUGCCCAUGUAUAGUUAGUAUUUAAGUUUGUCUGGUAAUGCAGAAUUAAAGAGACUUACAUUAGUGUAGUAUUAGUACUGUAAUUUUCUGUUUGUUCAUGCAUACAAUUUUAAUAUAUUUAUAUUGAAAAAGUAAAUUAGAUGUUCAAAAUAAUUUUCUUUUGGCAUAAGCAGAAUACUUUUUAAUACAUACAUUAACUUGCAAUACAUGAUAUUUGUUAAGUAUUAGUUGUCUGUACAAUUUUUUGUCAUUGUAAAACCAAUAUUUAGCGAUUACUUGUAGAAUAUUGUAGUCUUUCAAACUAAUUAGGUAGAAAUAGGAAUGCUUUUGAAAAUGUUACUUUAAAGUGGAUCUGUCUCAACAGUUUUCCACAUUUAGGGCUCUACAUGAUAAAUAAGCCCAAAAUGGUUCACAAAUAUUGAAAUAAACAGUAUGAACAACAUGCA